AUGGCUAGUACGAACAUAUCUGUUAACACUGAAAUGAAUGCUUUCGGUUCACAUCGAAUUGGCCAAGUCCAUGGCUUAGUUAAAACUACCAUGGACUUGGUCUUCGUGAAGACUGUUCGCGUAAAAAUCAUCAAAUACGAUUUACCACAAGCACCAGCCGGUGAUGAUGAUGAUGAUGAAGACGUCGAUAUGGCCAUUAUCGACGACGAUGACGAUGAAGAUGAUACUAAUAGUAUUAUUAGUAUCAGUAGCGAUACUGAUACUAAUACAACUAUUACUAUCAGUAGCGAUAGCGAUACUAAUAGUUCUAUUACUAUUAGUAGUGAUACUGAUAGUAAUGCAACUAUUAGUAUCAGUUCAGAUUCUGAUACCAAUAGCAUAGCGAGUAUUAUCAGUGAUCCAUCAACAGACACAAAUGAAGAUAUGGACAUGUUCUAA